GGACCCGGAGCUGAGGAGGGGUGUGUGGGCGGAGCUACUAUUUGAGGUCCAGGUGGUCGAAUCUGCGUAAAAAAACGCACCAAACAUUAGGAAGAAGUGAGCGUCAUUAUUGAAACAGCUCGAACCCUGAAGCUCCUGGUAAGCAACCUGUGUAAGUGAGAAAUCUGUUUCCAAAGAAAGGAAGCCUCCGGGAUCUGCAGCUUCGGCGGUGCGUCGGAGGAAAACGGACCAAACGGGAGCGAGUAUUUUUCCAGGGUUAACUUGUAGGUCUUUUUUUUUUUAACCAAAGAAGCCAACUUUUUCCGAACAAGUGCAAGGCGGCUUGUUCCAGCGUCAAGUGGAGCUAUGUUCAAGAAAAGCAAGAGUAAAGUGCUGGUGGAUUAUGCGUCAGAGGAAGACGACAUGUCCUGGCACUAUCAUCACUCCUACAAGGAUAAAGACAUAGAAGGAGAGGAAGAGGAGGAGGAAGCUGGGAACGCAGUAUCCAAGGAAGCAAAGGUGAAGAAGAUCAUGUUGAAAAAAGAGAGGAGGGAGAAGAAGAUGUUCUCCUCUAAAGAUGAUGAGCACUUCUUGUUGACUGGAAUGAAGCUGCCUGACCGCAGAGGGUCCCACAAGAAAAUUAAGGACGAUGAGAAAGAGAAAGAAAAGAAGGACAAACAAGAGAAGGGCCAUUGUUUCUGGGAGAGCGUUACAAUGACCAUGAGGCAGAUCUCACCUGCAAAAAAACUGGAGAAGAUGGAGGGCUGGGAGCCGCCACAACUGGCUAACCCAACUGAGACUGUGACCGACGAAGCCCAGAAUGACAAUAGCAAGAAGGUGGACUUGCCAGUGUCUUUCUCAGACUCUCUACACCUCCCGUUAGAAAUAGCUUCCUGGGGGGGGCAGGGUCUUGAGGAGGAUUCAUCCCGCUAUACUAACCUGACGGACUCCAAGGAUUCAGCUGCUGCCAUAACGUGGACAUCCCGUGCCAAAGUCAAGCUGGCUGGCAUCAGCAGGAUGAGCAGAGGGAUUGUGUCAGAGGGGGCGUGGGAGGGGUUCAAAUAGUAGAGAUGUUAACCUUAGAUACCCCUCCCUUCGUACCUGAUAAACAUCAAUGAAGAGGAUGAAGACAUGAACAAAAUAUCUGCUUGUGUCUGGACUGAACCGUUGUUGAAGUUGACUGGUUUUAGGAUGCUCUGGUAAAAGCCUGAAAAAUGACACAAAGAGUUUGUCAUUAUAUUAGCUUUCAAUUCCUUGAAGGCAACAUUUGUCUGUUUUUCAAUGGGCUUUAUGCCAAAUUUACAACACUGACAUGAACUGUAAAGGACAACAAAUGAAAGCCAUAAACUACUGUACCCUUUAAACUGUGAUAUCCACUGGCCUGGCAUUGAAAUAUGGCAUAUUUCCAAUGAAUGAGAAGCCUGAUUUUCAUUUUAUCGCCUAAUUAUUCUAGAAAAUAAUUAUGCAAAUGUGCUACUGAAGACCUUAUGGUAGUUUUUCCACUUACUGUCUGUCUAUGCGGUCACAUCUGGCCUGAAGCCUUGAUUUAUACAUCAGUAAUGGGCUUAAAAUCUGUACAGUCAUGAAAAAAACAAACGUACCCUUUUGGAUUCAGCAUAUGUUUGUGAUCAAAAGGAGGAACUGAAAAGAAAGUGAGUUCGUGUAGGACAUGCACAAUCCUGAUUUGGCUUUGCAAAGGGGAUGCAAAGUUCUGUUGUGCUUGGAUUAUGUGAGGG